UUACCCUUUACAGCUCACAUCUCCACCGGUCUUAACUCGCAGGACGGAGGGAGGGAGUUGGGGACCCUCUUUAAAUCGCGUCCGCCGUAAUUUACGUAACAGAGCCGAGGUGGGAAAGCGAAGGGUAGCGCGGCGGAGAGGAGACGUUUUAUCUGUUCGAGAGAAGGUGUCUCUGAGAGCAGGACGAACUGCGCAGGGAUCAGAGCAGGUACAGGAUAAUUACUGGAGGGCAGGUGUUCAGGCCAUCGAUCCUUCUGUUCCUGACCCUGACAGCGACCUCUAACAAGGGGGGGUGAAACAGGAGAAAGGGCCUCUGGGUAUCGAACAGCUUGCAUCAUGGCAGCAAUUGAUCUGGAGCUCAGGCUGGAGCGCAGCGGCCGGGGGUGGGGGCAAGAGAGGCCGGAAAUGCUGGACAACUUUGACUCUGAGAUGCAGGAGUGGGAGGAUCAGCUGCAGGAUAUCCAGAAGAAAAUUGAAGAGCUCUACAAUGAAGUCCAGGCACGCAGAGGAGCAAACGAUAUUCCUGGUGAUGACCAGAAACAUUGCGCCCCGUUGGAGUCUGGACUAAGGCACCACGGCGACGGCCUCUUUGGGCUCGGCCACCACAGCGUGACUCACUCUGGCGAUAUAAUCGUACAUCACUACGGCCCCAACGGGUGCAGCCACCCUGUGAGUCAUCAGCACGGCUACGGUUACUGCCACUCCAGCGGCGUCACAGAGAUUGGAGACUUGCUGCAGGAUUAUUUGGAGAAAGGCAAAAAGAUGAGCAGGAAGAACAACAGGGCUCGUCACGUGCACUUCAGUGACGUAGUUAAAGUGAACCAAGACAUUUCUGCAUACCAGGACAAAGGCAGAACGAGAUGUGGAAAUAAUCGGCUUCAGCAAGAGCCCUGUGUGGGCAGUUUUGAAGAAAGUGAAAACAGGAAGAACCGAGUGUCUCACAUGAAAAGCGCCCCCUGCAGAGAGAGUUCCCCCAUCAAGGAGAACACGGUUGCCAAGCCCCCUGUUGGACAGAGGGAUGCUUCAGCUGCACAAGCACGCCUACAGUUCCCAGCCACAGCAGCUGAGUCUCCCUCUUUGGACAGAAAGUCCUUCAGUCAAGGAGUCCUGGGAGACAGGAAGUGUCACAGUCCGUCUGUUCUAAAGAAAUUUGGAGCCAUGCUCCAGGAGAACGAGGGUAAAUUGCUUACCGACUCAGGGGUGGUGACCCAUCAGGGACCAGAGGCAAAGUGUUCCACUCCUGGCUGUCAGCGACGGGCUUUGGGAGUCACUGGAGGAGCCAGCAAGGCGCCCAUGCGUGUGCCUAACCAGAAAUGCCAAGCAGAGUCUGACGCGCUGACAGCAAGUGUUGAGCUCAGCCAAGACUGGAGCUCAGGGUUAGACUGUAGACACAACUACAAGGAGCAGAGAGGAGGCCAUAGUAGUUCCAAAGGGUCUCAGUCGGUUCCUCAGCAGGUCCAAAGGAGAGCGCAGGUGCCAGGAAGCCCAAAGAUCAGACCCAGGGCUAACAGUGGAGAGAAAGCAAGGAAGCCCUCACCCCAACAGAUGGAGCCCAAAGUGGACUGCAAGGCCUCAGAUGUUUCUGCUGGAGCUCAGAGGAGUCAUAGAGGACAAGAGUUGGAAGGUUGCAGCAGUUUGAGGGAUGAGGGACUUAUUGAGCUGCUGGACAUGCUGGAGAUCCAACAUGAGUACAGCUCCAGCCCCAGAACCGGAUUCACAGCUCAUAAACAAGAGGCACAGCAAGUGAACCCAGCAGAGUUGUCCCCAGCCAAACUAAGGAGGAGUUUCUCUCGUCCUGCUCGUCCUGCCAACCAGCGGCCGCCUUCCAGAUGGGCCAGCCGCACCCCUACUGCCAGAAUCACCACGCCGUCUGGCCCAAUCUACCGCACCCCGAGCCCCAUGACUCGCUCCCCCAGUCCUGCUCCGAAGCACCGGCCUCUCAUUUCCUAUUCUCUUCAGACGGAGACUGUCAUUAUAUGAUCCUUUGUUGUCCCAACCAAGCGCGUUCCUCUCUUUUCAAACUGUAAAUAUUAAGGAUAUUUCUGUUCGAC